AUGUCGUACCCAGCAAUCACACCGGCGCGUCCUGUACCUGGCGCGUUUCUCAACACCCCCGCCGCCUCCAGGUUCCAAUCCAACGACGACCCUGUCAGAAGGCGUCUCUUCGAUGGGAAUGCGAAUCCUGCGCCCAGCAGCAGUCUCGUCCCCAGGCCGAAUCAGUCCUCCGUCACGACAUCAACAACCUCUGGUAUGAGCGGCGGCUUGGUUCCUGCCUCGCACAUUCAGCAGCAGGCACCCGAUGUGCCCCCUGUCACCAAGGCGGCCCAAGCCGUCAACGAGUUUCUUCAGCGAGAUCAGAACUAUCCUGAUCUAGAGUCGUACGCCAAAUCCGGCUCGUCCUCUGAGUAUGACCUCGUCAGCAUUGAUUCUGCUUGGGCACCCUUCCACAAGACCCAGAUGUACCCAAUCCCGAACGAGAUCUUCAACCACUACAACGCCAGCCAGCUGCAAACACUCAUGGGACUGUUCGCCGAGAUCAACCACGCGUGGGUUGCUAUCGACAACUCACUGUUUCUCUGGGACUACACCCAGCCUGAGCCCGAGCUCAUCGGGUUCGAAGACGUCAAAUACACAAUUCACGCUGUCGCCCUCGUGCCGCCGAAGCCUGGCAUUUUCGUAGCCGACAUUACCCACAUGCUCGUUGUCGCGACCUCUCAAGAGAUCAACCUUCUGGGUCUCUCCGCCAAGCCCAAUGCAGCUGGUACCAAGAGCGUCUCGCUUUACCAGACCAAAUUGGACCUGCCCCUACGAGGAAGUGACGUUCGGAUCAUCACUGGAACGACCGAUGGACGCAUUUUCUUCGGCGGCAGCACCGACACGGACAUCAACGAACUGUACUAUCAACAGGAGGAGCGAUGGUUUUCAAGUCGAUGCGGCAGGAUCAAUCACAGCAACCCAGGUUGGACCGGCGUUGUGACUUUCCAGUCUCCGUUCUGGAACGCGAAGACCCCGGAAUACCUCGUACAGAUUGUAGCCGACGACUCACGCAAGCUUCUUUACACCCUUUCGUCUACUUCGACGAUCCGUGUGUACCACAUGAGCGGAGCCAACGACCUCGUCAAGGUGAUCGAGAAGGAGAAGAGCCAGUGUCUCAGCGAUAUCGGACACAUGAUCAUUCGCAACUCACCUCUCAUCACAAACAACUUGAAGAUCGUCUCUAUAAGCCCCAUCUCGUCUCGUGAGACCACUCGCCUCCACCUCAUGGCACUCACCAGCUCGGGCUGCCGCUUCUUCAUGAGCGCUACUGCCGGCGUGUACGGGGAAUCGUCACUUCCGCCGAAGAGCAUGAUGGUACAAUACAUCAAAUUCCCGCCCCCCGAUCAGCUCGGUCGCACUGCUACGAACAGCGCUGGCGACACAGAGUUCCACGCCUCGUCGCGUGCGCUUGAGGUCAGCAGGCUCGGCGAGCGCUUCGCUCCUGGCUACUUCCUGGACUUUGUUGUCAAGGAGUCGCAGCCCAACUCAGAUCUACUUUUUGUCUCUGCUCCCGAGACUGGUCGCAUCAAGGCGACUGGUCCGACCUCUGUGCUGAAAUACUGGGAGCAUGGUAACUGGAUUGAUAUCGGUAGCCGAGCUGAAGCUGUUGGCCUCAUAACCAAGCCCUUUGCAGCCUCGAGCCAGCCUCUUGGGUUCGGAAACGAGCUCGCCGUUCAGUUUGACAAUGAGCCUAGCGAGUUUGCGGUCCUCACCAACACCGGUGUUCACAUCAUUCGCCGAAGGCGACUUGUCGACAUAUUUGCUUCCGCGCUGCGGACCGCCGUGGGAGACGAGGGCCUCGAGCAUGAGACUCGAAAGUUCAUCCAGCUCUACAGCCGCGUUGAAACGAUUGCUUGUGCACUCGCAGUCGCUUGUGGCCACGGUGGAGAUUCCAGGCCUGGCGCUCCACGUGCGAUUGAUCAGGCCACCGAGGAUCGUGCAAGGACAGUCUUCGUUGACUACGGCGGAAACCCUACCGUUGCUGAAACGGACAGCACACCUCUCACAACCGCCUCCGUCCGACUAUCUUCGCGGCAUGACGCGCUUUGCGUGUACCUCACCCGUCUCAUCAGGACGCUGUGGAAGUCUGGUGUUGUCUCUACAGGCCUCAGCCCGACCGGUGGUAUCAAUAUCGUAUCCAGGGUUCCUACAAACAAGCUUGUCUCUGUCCAAGAACAGCUGGAGCGUCUUAGGAGGUUCCUCAACACGAAUCGUGGAUUUAUUCAGGGACUUUCUGGCCCCUCGGAUCUUCAGCUUGUCGCUAGCAAACAAGAAGAGGUCGCGCUGCAAGCCGAGCACCAGGCCCUUCACGCGCUGCAGAAGCUGAUGGAGAGCAUCUCUGAGGGCAUAUCAUUUGUGCUCAUGCUCUUCGACGAGCGUGUUAACGAGAUAUUCAUGAGGCUUCAACCAGAUGCCCAGCAGCAGCUGAAGGAGCUCACCUACGAAAAGCUCUUCUCUCAAGCCUCAGGUCGCGAACUUGCAAAGCUUCUUGUCAAAGCCAUCGUUAAUCGCAAUAUUGAAAGUGGCUCGAAUGUCGAGACUGUCGCUGACGCGCUGCGUAGGCGGUGCGGAAGCUUCUGCAGCCCCGACGACGUUGUCAUCUUCAAAGCCCAAGAGCAGUUGAAGAGGGCGACCGAACAACCACCCAACAGCAACCAGUCCCGAAGCUUGCUGCACGAAAGCUUGAGGCUCUUUGAGCGUGUUGCCGGCAACCUCUCUUUCAUCAACCUUUCCAACGCCGUGUCCCAGUACAUCGAUCUCAAGUACUAUGCUGGCGCCGUCCAGCUCUGCCUUGUUGUAGCGCACGAGAAGGACAGGGGAAACAGUGCCUUGUCGUGGGUGAACGAGGGUAGGCCUGCUCAGGAUCCCCGUGCAAAUGCCUUUGCGGAGCGCAAGCGAUGCUACGAUCUGAUCCAUGAUGCUCUUCGACACCUUGACGCCGCCCUUAGCAGCGAGCCUGAGGAGAUCGACGGCAGGCUCACUUUGAUCGGCACCAAGCGUCUGGAAGCGUAUGAGGUUGUCAAUAGCACUGACGACGAGGUCUUCCACUUGGAUCUCUAUGAGUGGUACAUCCAGCAGGGCUGGGCUGACCGCCUUCUCAGCAUUGACUCACCACAUGUCAUCACAUUCCUACAGAGGCUGUCAGCCACGAGCGCCGAUCACGCCGACCUUCUUUGCAGGUUUUACACACAAAGGGGUCGCUACUUUGAGGCCGCCGAGGUGCAGUUCGAUCUUGCUUGCUCAGACUUCAACCUCGGCAUUAAGGAGAGGGUCACCCUUUUGUCGCACGCCAAGGCAAAUGCUCAAGUCCGAACGACUGGCAUCAGCUCACAGCAGCAGCAAAUCAUCAUUCACAGCAUCACCGCGAGCCUCGAUGUUGCUAACAUUCAAGCCGACCUCCUGCAGCGUCUGAGCGCGGACCCCCGCGUCGAAGAGCGGAGAGAGGAGAUUGACCAGGCCCUCAACGGCCAGGUACGCGAUGUCUCAGAGCUCUUCAAUAACUACGCGGAUCAGGCUGGCUAUUUCGACAUCUGCCUCCUGAUUUACCAUGUUGCCGACUAUCGCAACUCCACCACUGUGGAGACGACGUGGGCGUCUUUGAUUGAGCAGACACAUGAUGAGGCCACCAGGAGGAUGCAAGAGGCCGGUCCUGGCAUCUCGGCACUGCUCACGCCGUACGAGUCUGUCUCACAAAAGGUCCUCAAUAUUGCUCAUCGGGUCAGCCUCGACAGCUUCGUGUUUCCUAUCAAGUUCCUCGUCGCGGCCCUCAGUCGAUACUCGAUCGAGUAUGGCCAGGACGGACAGAUUGGCGCCAACCCCGUGUGGCCCAUUACCAUCUUCUUCGAGCUGAAGGUGUCACACAUCACGAUUCUCAAUGCCUUGGAGGAUAUCUUCAACGCCCAGGAUGUUGGCUUCACGGGCAACAACCGUAUUCGCGUGAUCGAGCUCAUCGUCUAUGUUGUGGACAGCUGGCAGAAGGAAUGCAAGCGCCGGGCCAACUCGACCGCCCGUGGCGACGCCGUCUGGCAGUCAAUGAAGGAGCUUCUCGAUUCGUGUGAGGAGGCCCUGCCCCCAGCUUCGAUGUCUAUGGGUAAUUUGAACCCUGGUGGCGCGGACGUUGCCGACAUCCGCCGCGAGGUGCGCACCGUCCGACGUGAGGUCGAGGCUCUCUCCGACAGGGGCCCGGCUGGAAGCAUGCGCUUCCUGUAA